AUGGUACUUGGAACUAUUAAAGUCUACGUUGCGUGCACUUCAGUGCUAUAUGUCAAAUUCUUGGCUGCUACGACAAUCCAAGGUGCUAAGAAGUUUGUAACGGGUGGUCGUCCUCCUGAGGAUACAAAAUUCUCAUCAGCAAAGCGUAAGCAAACGUUUGGAUUUGACAAAACCAGCGACACCGAAAGUCUUGAGGCAGCGCAGCGCUGGAAAAGUAUCGUUAUGAACGAUUUAGAGUCGAUUCCAAUCGGACUUCUCAUCUUUGGUGCUGGAAUUAUGGCUGGUGCAGAUCCAGUCAUUCAUUAUCGUGCAAUGAUCGCAUUUACAGUAGCCCGUUGUUUGCAUACUUACGCAUAUGCAACUGCGAUGCAGCCGUUGCGCUCACUAAGUCACGGCGUAAGUGUGACAGCAACACUAGUUGGCCUAGGUAACGCUGUGAGUGCAAUUUUUUAA